CUGCAGAAACAUUUUGAGGAAACACAGAAAAACAUCCAGAAAACAAUCCAGCAGAGAAGGAUAGAUCUAAAGCGGAUGAGAGAGGCUGUGGAGUCUCAUAAGCGCUCUGCACAGACUGCAAUGGAGGGCAGUGAGAGGAUCUUCACUGAGCUCAUCCGCUCCAUUGAGAAACGUCAUGCUGAGGUGAAGCAGCUGAUCAGAGAUCAGGAACGAGCUGCAGUGAAACAAGCUGAAGAAAGACUGGCGCGACUGGAGCUGGAGCUCGAUGAUCUGAGGUGGAAAGAGAAUGAACUGAAACAGCUUUCAAACACAGAUGAUCAUAUUCAUUUCCUCCAGAGUUGCCCGUCGGUCUCUUUCUCUGGAUCUACAGACAGCUUCACUGUCAGUUCUCGUCCCAAUUUUGAUGAGGUGGUGAAAUCUGUCUCUCAACUCAGAGACAAACUGCAGCAGUUUUGCACUGAUGAAAUAGAAAGAUUAUCUAAAACAGUUAAAACCGUCCAGGUCAUUGUCCCGAGUCUUGAAUUUUCGACUAGGAAGGAGUUCCUACAAUAUUCCCGUCUGUUGACUCUGGAUGUGAACUCAGUGAAUAAUUGGCUCCGUCUGUUUGAGGAAAACACAGUGAUCACUUACUCUGACACACGUCUGCCGUAUCCUGAUCAUCCAGCCAGAUUUGAUUCUUGGACCGAGGCGUUGUGUAGAGAGAGUGUGACUGGACGUUGUUACUGGGAGGUGGAGUGGAGUGGUGAUGGGAGACUAGGAGUGGAUAUAGGAGUAACAUAUAAGAGUAUCGGCAGAAAAGGAAAUGGUCCUGAGUGUGCAGUUGGACGCAACAAUCAGUCCUGGUGUUUGUUCUGCUCUCCAGACUAUUGCUCAUUCUGGCACAAUAACAUUGAGACUGUCCUUCCUGUAGUCAAUGUCUCCAGUAGAAUAGGAGUGUAUGUGGAUCACAGCGCAGGGAUUUUGUCCUUCUACAGCGUCUCAGACACAAUGAGCCUCAUCCACAGAGUCCAGACCACAUUCACUCAGCCACUCUAUGCUGUGUUUGGAUUAGAUAAACAGACAGCAGUGAAACUGUCCAGCCGAUUAAAUAAUUCGGAUAUUAUAUAUAUUAAUCCAGAUAUUCUAGGGGCUUUGUUGCUUCGCAGAAUGAUGAUGUCAUGAGGCGUAUUUUCUAAACAGGAUUGGUUUUCAAACUUCUGUAUAUCAAUAGUGCUGUAUUUUCCUGUCUGUCAUUUCUCUUCUGCUGACUCAGUUGUUUGUUUAAAAGAAAUGGUUUAGUUUCUGCAUUACUGGAACAUUGUGUGCAUAGUUUUUUUCUGACAACAGUUAAAGACAUCUCUAACAUCUCGUCCAACAGGAUUUAUCAGUUUCUAAAAGUUAAAUGUUUCUGCUACUUCUAGAUCAUCAGUAUGAACAUAUUUCAUAAGUUUUUAGCGCACUAUUAUCUCUCAUAUACUGUAGAAAAAAUAGACUUUUGCAUAUUUACACAUUUAAAAUGGUUUCUUCAAAAAUGAUUAUAUAGACUACUUGAAGUUUUUUUUUUUUUUUUUUUUUUUGAUGAUGAUGAUGAUGAUGA